CGAGCGCGCCGCGAGAAGAGUUCUGCGCAAGGACGGAAGCUGGAGUCUCGCGCUUCCGGGCAGCCGCCGCGCUCCGCCCCCUCGCGGGAGCGCUUGAUUGGUUACAGGCUGGCGAGCCUGCGCUCUCGCGAUCUCGCGGGAGGUGCCUGAAGGGGCGGCCGUCCGUGCGUCUGCCCUCCCGUUCCCCGCCCCCGCCUCGGCCGCAGCUCCCGCCUCCGCCACCCAUCCCCGGCGCCUCGCCGCCCUCCCGGCUCGGCCGCCCUCCGCCCCCCCGAGCGGCCGUGGAGACCGCGCUGCGCGGGAGGCGGGAUCCGCACGGGAGCGCCUUUCGAGCGAAGGCUACAAGGUUCAGAAGUGGUCGCCAACUACAGCAGUGGCAAUUACCUGAAGCACCGCACUCGUGUCCCUGUAAAGAGAAAGAUUUUUAUGACCACCGCUUCAGAGCAGAAGCUGAGCUGAGAUUGGGAGUGUAUGAGCAGGGGAGAGGGGCAGAGGAAGAGACAGAAUCUGGGGCUCGAUCCCAUGAUCCUGGGAUCAUGACCUGAGCCAAAAUCAGGAGUUGGACGCUCACCCGACUGAGCCACCCAGAAAAUAAGUCAGAAUGAGUUAUGCAGAAAAACCCGAUGAAAUCACGAAAGACGAGUGGAUGGAAAAACUCAAUAACUUGCACGUCCAGCGAGCAGACAUGAACCGCCUCAUCAUGAACUACCUGGUCACAGAGGGCUUUAAGGAAGCAGCAGAGAAGUUUCGAAUGGAAUCUGGGAUUGAACCUAGCGUGGAUCUGGAAACACUUGACGAGCGGAUCAAAAUCCGUGAGAUGAUCCUGAAAGGCCAGAUCCAGGAGGCUAUCGCACUGAUCAACAGCCUCCAUCCGGAGCUCCUGGACACAAACCGGUAUCUUUACUUCCACCUGCAACAACAGCACCUCAUAGAGCUGAUCCGCCAGCGCGAGACGGAGGCGGCGCUGGAGUUCGCGCAGACCCAGCUGGCAGAGCAGGGCGAGGAGAGCAGGGAGUGCCUGACGGAGAUGGAACGCACUCUGGCCCUGCUGGCCUUUGAUAACCCCGAGGAGUCUCCAUUCGGAGACCUGCUUCACAUGAUGCAGAGGCAGAAGGUGUGGAGUGAAGUUAACCAAGCUGUCCUAGAUUAUGAAAAUCGUGAGUCCACACCCAAGCUGGCAAAAUUACUGAAACUACUCCUUUGGGCUCAGAAUGAGCUGGACCAGAAGAAAGUAAAAUAUCCCAAAAUGACAGACCUCAGCAAAGGUGUGAUCGAGGAGCCCAAGUAGUCUGUGCCGGUGGCCCCUGCGCCCCCACCCCCCGACCCCCACCCCGGACCGGACUCAGAGCAGCUGUCUGUGACUGACAGGUUACCGCAGUAGAGAACUCUUUCUUCUCCCUUUUCCUGGAUUUUUUUUUUUUUUUUUCCGACCUGGCAUCUUUUUUAAAGGGAGAAAUGGCCCUUCUGAGCGCUGGAAAACUUGCAGUGAGAGACGCGGUGUCUUUGGAAGUGUGGCGCAGACCGCGGUGGGCGCGCUGACAGCGGGGACGGGCCGCAUUGGCCACCGAGCACUCUGUAGUUCGGGAACGUUGUUGAACGGAGGCCUCCCUCGCAAACCUCUGACAAGCACUGAUCAUUAUUUUGCUUUCUGUUAGCUCGUAGGCAGAAAAUACGUUUUCUCAGAUCUGCUAAGACUCGUCAGGCCUUUGUGGAGAAGGUUUCUCUUACCCCUUGGUUUUUUGUUUUUUCAUAGGAAAGACUAUAUAAAUUUGUAAAUCCUAAUUCAAAGAC